CCACAGAGGAGAGUACCAAAAAUGAUCAACUAGAGCGUAUUAUUGCCUGCCUUCUGCCCUCCGAUUUUAUGGGGGUUUCCUCUUCCACUUCUUGCACAUGUAAAUGGUAAAAUUGUCUGCACAUGACAAGGCUUUAAAAUCUGCAACUCUUAACACAUUCUAAAAUCCCAUCAAUCACCACUGAAUCAUAGGUUAUAACAAUCAUGUCUUUUACCUCUUUUCACCCACAGCUGAACCUUAACCUUUCACACUUGCAACCUCGGCCACCAUCCCUCAAUCCAUCCAAAGGGUCACACAAACUUCUCUUCAGGCGAUGGAGCAGCCAAAGCCCACCUUCCAAAUGCAGUCCAUUUUUGGCUGGUACUGGUGGUCCGUAUUUUAGUUCUGGUACCACGUUAAGGAGCAUCUUUUUGUUGUUCUCUGGCAGCAGAAGCAGACCAAAGGUUCGAGCCGCUUCAGAGGAUGGAGGCGAGUCUCUUGACGCUGAAGCAAACUAUCAAGAGGAAUUUUCCUGGUCUUCAGUUAUUUUACCGUUUCUGUUCCCAGCUUUCGGUGGUUUAUUAUUUGGCUAUGACAUUGGCGCAACGUCUGGUGCGACAAUCUCCUUGCUGUCACCUGAGCUUAGCGGUACGACGUGGUUCAACCUUUCGGCUGUUCAACUAGGCCUUGUGGUUAGUGGUUCCCUUUACGGAGCUCUUCUUGGUUCCCUCCUCGUUUAUCCUCUGGCAGAUUUUCUUGGAAGGAGGAGGGAGCUCGUCAUGGCAGCCAUUUUGUAUGCAAUUGGCAGUGCUUCAACAGCCUAUGCCCCUGGUCUGGCUGUUCUCUUACUUGCCCGGCUUGUUUAUGGACUUGGAAUAGGCCUAGCAAUGCAUGGGGCUCCUCUUUACAUAGCAGAGACUUGUCCAGCACAAAUUCGGGGAACUUUGAUAUCUUUGAAAGAGCUGUUCAUAGUUCUGGGAAUUUUGCUGGGUUACUUUGUUGGGAGCUAUGAAAUUGAUGUCGUUGGAGGGUGGCGUUACAUGUAUGGACUAAGUGCUCCUAUUGCAUUGCUUAUGGGGAUAGGCAUGCUGUCUCUUCCACCAUCUCCCCGGUGGUUACUUCUCAGGGCAGUUCAAGGUAAAGGGCCCUUACAAGAGUUGAAAGAAAAGGCAAAACAUGCUUUGAGCAGACUAAGAGGCCGGGCUGCAGGCGAUAAAGUGUCUGAAAAGCAGAUAGAGGAAACCCUUACCUCAUUGAAAACUGCUUAUGCUGAUCAACAAUCUGAAGGGAGUUUGCUGGAGGUGUUUCAGGGUCCAAGUCUGAAAGCAUUUAUAAUUGGUGGAGGCCUGGUCCUUUUUCAACAGAUAACUGGGCAGCCAAGUGUUCUAUAUUAUGCUGGUCCAAUUCUUCAGACUGCUGGAUUUGCUGCUGCUUCUGAUGCUACGCGUCUUUCAGUUGUAAUUGGCACGUUUAAGUUGAUGAUGACAGGAAUUGCUGUUCUAAAAGUUGAUGAUCUUGGGCGUAGGCCAUUACUGAUUGGAGGUGUUGGUGGCAUCGCCUUGUCUUUGCUGCUUCUUUGGGCUUAUUACGAAUUUCUUGGAGGUUAUCCUUUGGUUGCUGUGGCAGCUCUACUUCUAUAUGUUGGUAGCUAUCAGGUAUCGUUUGGGCCUAUAAGUUGGCUUAUGGUGUCUGAGAUUUUCCCUCUACGAACUAGAGGAAAGGGGAUCAGUCUCGCAGUUCUUACGAAUUUCGGUUCAAACGCAAUAGUAACUUUUGCUUUCUCUCCACUGAAGGAGUUGCUUGGGGCUGCUAAUCUUUUUCUUCUGUUCGGUGCAAUUGCUCUAUUGUCGCUUGUGUUUGCGGUGGUGUAUGUCCCUGAGACCAAAGGCUUGAGCUUGGAAGAAAUCGAGUCCAAAAUUUUAAAGUGAAGGCUUAAUGCGUCAGGAUCUGUGAUUACUAGAUUCUAUUAACCUAACAGUUCUCUGAUUUGUAGAUAUUGUGUGACAACCUUGCAGUGAAGACUUGGAAAUGAGAUGUACUUAUUUAAAUGCCAUGAUACGAGGUAUUGUUCAAACCUUUCAUUUUGAUUUCUAAGGACUUAACUGAGAGACCAUCAAAAAUUUUUAAGGAC